CCGCUUUCAUGGCUUCUGCCCGCACGUUUCCUCCCCUGUACAAGUCAAGCGGCGAUGCUGCAGUCGAUAGGCUUGAAUUUUUCCACAUCCUUGAAAGGUUGAAGACGCAGAAGCGCACAGGAUGGGUUGACCAUAAUGUUCCUGGACCUGAGAGCAUCUCAGAUCACAUGUACCGGAUGGCCGUCCUUGCGAUGUGCACAUCGGACAUGUCCCUGGACAUAUCAAAAUGUGUUAUGAUGGCUCUGGUACAUGACUUAGCUGAGGCACAAGUUGGCGACAUAGCACCACGAGAAGGGAUCCCUAAAGCUGAGAAGCGCAGAUUAGAAGCAGAAGCGAUGGAUAACUUCGUAUACGAGAUGCUACACGACAGCCCUGCAGCUCAGCGCAUACGUGCGCUUUGGCAGGAGUACGAAGCACAAGAGUCUUCGGAAGCGCGUUUUGUCAAAGAUCUGGAUCGGUUCGAGAUGGCUUCCCAAGCGUUUGAGUAUGAAAGGAACCAUGACAUGAAGACCCUACAGUCAUUCUUUGACAGCAGUCUGCCGCAUCUUAAGCAUCCCGAAGUUAAGCAAUGGGGCGAAGACCUCGCAGCAGAACGGGAACGGUUCCGCCGGUAGGGGUGUACCGCGAUAUAUCCUUCAAAAUCAUACAGGCACUGCAUCUCACACUUGGUUUCGCGCAUCGUACGGCUGCUCACAUUCUGGAUAUAGCUAUGUGGAAUAUGGGGACUUCACUUGAGCGCAAAUGACUUCACAGCGUCUAUGUUUCGUUUGACCCCCCCCCACCAAAAGAACAGAAAAGGAGGGGGAGUUAUGAUAGCUAGGGAGUAAUGAAAUAGAUAAUCGCAGACUACAUUACAGAGACAGCUCAACGUGCGAACUCGCUCGGUGCAAAGGGGGUCCGUGAUGCCGUGAGGGGAGGCCUCAGAUCCAAGUUCCCAUAGCCCUUCCGAGAGCGAAAGAAGGAAACUAAUGAAACAGUUGAAGGUGAAAGUUUUGUCUCGUAGAGAACAAGCCAAACGGCUGCGAAGUAAUUUCCUCCUGUUGGCCAGAAUUCGUGAAUGGAUAGUAGAAGUCCGAAGUAAAUGAAACGAUAAACAUAACGAAA